AUGUUUUCGUAUGUUUUUGGAGGUACUUUGGCAUCGAAACCCAAACCAUACCAGACAUCCCUGUGUGUUACUGCUGCCUUACUUGGUUGGCAACUGAUACGACAAAAGGUACUGGAAAAGUUUGGAAAGUGCAAGCAACAUGAAUUUGUCACCAUUCUACACUUGCUUGAACAUGUUUUGCCCCUUGUGUUCUACCAGUAUAACAUUUUCAGAAGUGGUGACUUAAAGUUGUAUGAGAAAGUUAUGGCACAAAUAGCUAUAAUUUUCAUAUGCUGGAAAAGGAGACAUUAUGACAAAUCAACCUUGUCAUUUUUGAGUGAUUGUGCAUACCAGUGCAAACAUCUUCCAGAAUACUGGUCAAAGAAGGCAAGUGUUCUCAAACUGAUCACAGAAAAGAAGGUUGAGGUUUGGCACUCUGUACUGCGAAGAAACACUGAGAAGUUUGACGAUGCAAAAAGCAUUGAAGACACAGCAAAGUCUAUCGCAUCAUCUGUUUUUUUAAAUGAUUUUAUACAGUCCUUUGUUCCUCAAUACCACCGCGAUCAUGCUGAACCAAACUUAUGGCUUAUCGCAGGGAAGACAGCAGAAUUCUUACUUGAACUGUUUAGGAGUGUCUCAAGAAACUGUCAGAAAUCACACCAGGUAACACUCCUAAGGCAAAAGCAUAUCACAAAUAAUAUUAUUUAUAAUUAUUACAUUGUUUCUGGCAAGUAAAUACAGUGAACUAUAAAGUUUUAAAGGUGCCCAUAACACAGGUACUAUACGGCUUGAUAAGGAACUGGCCCUAUGUUCUUAAUAAAUGAAAAAGAGAUGACACUGACAUAACUUCAUCUGAAAAGUAAUUAUCAGUUUUUGCUCUAAUAAUCAAAAGAAUUGGUAAAAGGUUAUACAGUCAAUCCACAGAGUAAGAAAACAAAGUUGUGAACUAAAACUAAAGUAAAGAAGCACAAUAAAAUAUGCAAAAUGCAUUGUGCACACACCUGUAAGUACACUUCAGUGUAUUCACAUUCUACUGACCUCAUUUGGUUUUGUCUUUUUAGGUCGAACGCUCCCUUGCAAAUAAUGGAAGACCAAAGGAAAAGCCACAGUAUUAUCUCCCAACGUUUGACACAAUAGUUGACACAAAGUGUUUUCCACUGAGUUAUAACUUGGAGGAUGUGGAACCUGGCCUGGAACCUGACCCAAAUGUUUACUGUGAUUAUCCAACAUGCACAAGAAGAGAUACAAGUACUGUCAUGAGAUUGGCCUGCUUCCAUUGUUUUCACCAAUCUUGCAUUUCAUCGCAUGAUUGUUGCCCGAUCUGUCUGGUUCCACUGAAGAAAAAGGUGGAAAAAUUAGUGAACACAUUCAACACUGGACUGCUAACUUCUAAUGAUACUCUUGCUUUUGAAAGUAAUGAAGACAUUCAGGAAGAAGAAAGAAUUAGUACACCAGCAGCCAUGAGUGUGACAGAGGCUCAGUCAUUUUAUUCCUCAGCAGAAUGGGCUACGAAGGUCGACAGCACAGUGAAUAGUUAUGCAACAAUCCCUCUUCCAUCCCAUCCAAACCACAAUCACUCUUCAGCCCAGCCAACAGUACAUGAAUCCAACUCUAAUACCCCAUCUCAUGUUCUCACACCCAUUACCAUCCAACCCUAUCACAAUGGUAACGUCACCUUCUGGUCUUUCCCACAUAUCAUUUCUCAAUCUACAAUCCUUGGAAGAACAGGAAGUAAUGCAUGCACAUUCAUUGCCCUUUUAUUUAGCAAAAUGUUUUUUUCACCCAAUGUCAACAUUCCAGCAACUGGGAGUCCACUAAGCCAGACAUGGGUCUAUCAGAUAGUUGUGCAAGGCAUUUUGGCUGGGAACUCUAUCUAUGACUCAGUAACGAGUAUACCUCGAACAUUUGGUGUGUUGGAGGCACUUCAAACCUCUAGUGUUUUAAAUAACAUCAUUGGAAAUACUACUGUGGGACAUUGUCCCUGA